CAGCCCUGCCGUUUGGAAGGGAAGGCUAGAGUAUAGAGAGAGGCACGGGAAAUGGACCAUGCUAAGAAUACAGCACCACUGAGGACAUGAAGACCAACUACACAGAACAUGGACACUGAAUCCCUGGACAGCUGCAUCCAGGCCACGCUGUCCGCCCUCUACCUCCCGUUGGAGGCCACAGAGGCCACCUUGCUGUGUCAGGUGUUGGACGUGGUGGAGAGCCGCUACAGAGGAGAUGGACUCCGGUACCUCAUAGACUUCCUGGUUCCGGCCAAACACAUACUGCAGACUAUCCAGCAGCAUGCCUGUUUCCAGUACUGUGGUCUGCUGUUUCGCCACCAGGGUUGGCCUUUGUGUCUCCAUGACAAGGUGAUCAUCCAGUUGUCUUCCCUGGACCCCAGCCUCCUCCGUCCCGGGGACUUCUACCUUCAGGUGGCUCCUCCCACGCCUUUGGUGUCCAACUCCACCUCGCCCACACUCAGGCCCCCUCGCAUCGCUCUGUGCUGCCUGGCCCCCGGGGGUCAGUAUGUAGAGCAGCAGGAUGUCCCCCAGAUAGCCUACCCUUCUCUCUUCUCCAUGGCCUGGCUCCAGUCAGUGAACAGGGAGCGAUGCAGGGCGGGGUCGGGGAGGCCGCUGUCACACUGCCUUCUGUCUGCCGACAACGACAUCUUCCGAGUGCCCUGGGAGGACGUGGUACACCCUGAGUUUAUUACACGGCCGAGGACCAAAGACCCAGCACCAGCUAGGUCCCCUGCCAAGGGAGAGGGGGACGGAGACAGGGAGCAGGAUGUCAUCAAGCCCUCGGAUAAAGACAGAGACAUGUUGAUUGACACGUCCAAGGCUCAAUAUGUGGAUAGGGGCGUGGCUAAAGAAUGUUGGCCCCUCCCACGGCUGGGACAGCCAAUCAAGACUAGUAACAAUGGGAAGGGUUUUGACAUCACAGCAGAAGAGGACUCGGACUUGGAGGGAGAGUAUGUUGAACUGGAGGAUAUCCUUCUGCCACGCUUCUCCCCUCAGAAAGGAUCCUUAACCGAGUCCAUCAGCCUCAACUACAGAAACCUCCAUAAACCCUGGACUACACCCCAACACAUGCCCCUUAAAGCCACCCAGACACAACAGCACCCAAAACCCACAUGCCUUAAUGCCACCCUAACACAACAGCCCCAAGAACCGACACCCCUUAAAGCCACCCACGCCCCCAGAACUGCCCCUGUCCUUCCCCUCCAUCCUUUAAAGAACAGCAGCACGAGUUCUCAGUUCACGGUGGGUUCCAGACUCAUUGAGGAGAACCUGAACAACUACGCAUUUCGUCCCGUCAUCCUCACCCCUGCGUUCCCCAACUCCCAAGCCUUCCCCACGGGAGAAGAGGGGGUCAGCAGCGAGAGGGCGGUCCCUGACCGGCCCACAGAGGUCCGGAAUGAAGGUAGUGCUGCUGCCACUGGUUCCCACUAUUUUACACAGAGAGUUUGCGAUUCAGUGACUGGAGGCACAGAGGUUUCAGCUCUCGCAGAGACAGAUACCAGGAUAAGUCAGGAGGACAGCUCUGUAAAGACAGAGGAGACAGAUACCAGGAUCAGUCAGGAGGACAGCUCUGUAAAGACAGUUGAGACAGAUACCAGGAUCAGACAGGAGGACAGCUCUGUAAAGACAGUUGAGACAGAUACCAGGAUCAGACAGGAGGACAGCUCUGUAAAGACAGUUGAGACAGAUACCAGGAUCAGACAGGAGGACAGCUCUGUAAAGGCAGAGGAGAUGGAUACCAGGAUCAGACAGGAGGACAGCUCUGUAAAGACAGAGGAGAUAGAUACCAGGAUCAGACAGGAGGACAGCUCUGUAAAGACAGAGGAGAUAGAUACCAGGAUCAGUCAGGAGGACAGCUCUGUAAAGACAGAGGAGAACGAUAUCAGGAUCAGUCAGGAGGACAGCUCUGUAAAGACAGAGGAGAACGAUAUCAGGAUCAGUCAGGAGGACAACUCUGUAAAGACAGAGGAGACAGAUACCAGGAUCAGUCAGGAGGACAGCCCUGUAAAGACAGAGGAGACAAAUACCAGGGUCCGUCAGGAGGACAGCCCUGUAAAGGAGACAGAUACCAGGCUCAGUCAGGAGGACAGCUCUGUAAAGACAGAGGAGAAAGAUCCCAGGAUCAGACAGGAGGACAGCUCUGUAAAGACAGAGGAGACAGAUACAAGGGUCAGUCAGGAGGACAGCUCUGUAAAGACAGAGGAGAAAGAUACCAGGAUCAGACAGGAGGACAGCUCUGUAAAGACAGAGGAGAAAGAUACCAGGAUCAGACAGGAGGACAGCCCUGUAAAGAAAGAGGAGACAGACAGUGUCCUGGAAGAGAAAGAAAAAAAGGAAGAGGUUGAGGACAAAAGAAAAGAGGAUGAGGUUAAGGAUAAUAAUGCACCAGCUAUUAAAGAGACAGGUGACAACCAUGUUGGCUUCUCAGAGGAGGAGGUUGGCAUCAGGGAGGUAGGUCUUCACUCUGAUCCUCUGGUAGAGGAGCAAGCACCGAACACACUCCUGACACACACUCCGCAAACAACCAACACUCCUCCGGCUGAUGCUCACACACACUUAGCACGCUGUCCCUCAAUGCCAGAGAGCAGUGAGGCUAGCACAGCAGAGACAGGAAGCUAUCCAGCCAACUGCAGCCCUAAUCAAACCAGCACCACUGAAGAAGACACACCGGCCCCUAUAGACUCAGAGAAAACACAGGAGGAGGAGAGAUUGGGGGAGAGAGGGGGAGAUGGGGAGAGAGAGAAACAGCAGACAGGAAGGAGAGAGAAUAAGGGAGAAGACAAAAGGGUGGAGAGAGAGGAGGAGGAAGAAGGAGUUGACGUCUCCCUGGUAGAUCAGACAAGAACAACACAGCAGCAGGUGAGUCAGAAGGAUACUGGGGAGAGAGGAGGGAAGGAUGUGGACGGAGAGGAAGAGGGUGGAGAAAAAGAUUGGGAGAGGGAGGAGGGAAAAGAAGAGAGGGAGAAAGGAGUGGUAGACAAGGGUAGAGUGGGUGAGGAGGAAGGAGAAGUGAAGAGAGAGAAAGCUGAGUUCCCGGGUGGCCAGGAAGAGACCCCCGUAAUAAGGGAGUCAGGUGGGGAUGCCAGCGUGGAGCUGUCUGACAACACACACACAUCAACAGACACGUACACACACACAACAACUGACACCCACACACACACAGAAACAGCCGGUCGCUUAGCAACUCCGACUGCGAGACGCUCUCUAGAGACAAAGAGGCGGGCGAAGGAGGAGAGGGAGAUAGAGAGGGAGGAGGGCAAAGCAGGAGAGAAAGUGAGGAACAUAGAACAGAGGCCCAUUCAGGAAGACAGGAUAGAAGAGGGAGAGGAGGGGCUGAGCAAAGAUAGAGUGGAGGGAGGGAAUGUGCAGGAGAGUACGAAAGAGAUUGAGGAGGUCAAGGAGAAAAGCCUGCCACUGAACUUUGACCCUGUCGACUCUGUGACUGAAGAAAGUGAUGAGGACGAUGGUGUUGACCCCAGGGUGUGUGAGUCGGUUCCAGGGCCUCUAUUACCUCCAGCCCUGCUAACGCCACUAACACACUCCGAGUACUCCACUGGAUCACAUACACUCCACUCUGUGGAGUCCAGUGAUGAUCAGCGCACACACUCCACAACAGACACACCUUCUACCGAACCAGAGGAGCAGAGACUGAUGGAGGUGGAGGAGGAGCAAAAAGAGGUGGAGGGGCAUCAUUCAGCCACGGAGACCCAAGAGAAAGAAGAGACAGGCGUCAUCCAGGCAGAGGAAUGUGUGUUCAGCUUCUGUUCCAUGGAGAAGCAACCUUCCAGUGAAUUAAUCAACACCAAGCUAGAGAAGAGCCCAACAGCGAUGCUACAAGACCCUCCGCUCAUGUUGCUACAGCUAGCCACACCCCCUUCGCCCCAGCUAGCCACACCUCCUUUGUCCCAGCUAGCCCCACCCGUUUUGCCCCAGCUAGACCCACCCCCUUUGUCCCUGUUAGCCCCAACCCCUACUCCCCAGCUUUCCCCUCUCCCUUCACACCAGUUAGACCCACCCCCUUCACCCCAGCUUGAAACACCCUCUUCACCCCAGCUUUCCCCUCCCCUUUCACAGCAGCUAGACCCACCCCCUUCACCCCAACUUUUCCCUCCCCUUUCACAGCAGCUAGACCCACCCCCUUCACACCAGCUAGAAACACCCUCUUCACCCCAGCUUUCCCCUCCCCCUUCAAACCAGCUUUCCCCUCCCCUUUCUGAGCAGCUAGACCCACCCCCUUCACCCCAGCUUUCCCCUCCCAUUUCACAGCAGCUAGACCCACCCCCUUCAGCCCAGCUUUCCCCUCCCCCUUCACACCAGCUCGACCCACCCCCUUCACCCCAGCUUUCCCCUCCCCUUUCACAGCAGCUAGACCCACCCCCUUCACCCCAGCUUUCUUCUCCCCUUUCACAGCAGCUAGACCCACCCCAGCUUGCCCCACCCCUUUCCCCCCAGCUAGACCAGACUCCAGCCAAUCUUGAUCACUUCAACUCCCAGUUGUCAGCAUCUCCUCGGUCCCAGAUUCUGAUAGAAGCUCACAAGAUCCAUCCUGCUGUCCUCAGCUCUGGAGUGCUCUGUCUUCCUGGAACCAGAGAUAAAGGCGGCCGAGCCCUGGUAACCGUGACAACCAGAAACACCAUAUGGUUGAACCCCAACUGUAACUCCGGGGAACUGGUCAGAAUCCUCGUCUACUUCAGAACGGUCCUGAGGAAGGAGGUGCGUUCCCUGGGGUUUACUGUCCUGGUGGACUCCCGGAGGUGUUCUCCUGUCCCCGCACUGUUCAAAGCCUUCAAUAUAUUACAGGACACCAUGCCCGGCUGUAUCCACACUGUACUGCUACUAGCAGACAGAGACCUGGCUCUACGCCUGGACAAACCCUCUGCCAUACAGGUGGAGCUGCUGACCUCUCUGAAGUCUCUCCAUAAGCACGUGGAGGUGUCCCAGCUCCCCCAUGACUUCCAGGGAACGUUCCCCUUCUCACACAGCGCCUGGAUCAGCUUCCGAAUGAGAUUGGAGCAGCUGACCAGCCACUGUGAGGACGCUGUCAACCUUCUGCAGAGCACCAUACAGAAUCUGGAGGCUAUCGCCCUGCCGCAUACUGCUGAGGAGGCCCAGCUGUUACUGACCAGGUACAGGGGCGUGAUGCGUAGCGUCCUGGAGGAUGGACGAUUGGUCAAACUUCAGCUGGAGGGUGGAGCCAACCUUUCCCGCCUCCGGAAAGAGGAGACCAGUGUCAGUCUCACUGAUGACUACAGAGAUGCCGUAGAGGGGGUUGGGUCUCUGUAUGACCGGGUGGAUGAGCUGGUCCACCGGCUGGUGAUGCUGUCCAACCAACGCACCCAGGAACUGGAGUUUGUCAUGGAGUUUAAGGGCCUGGAGCAGGGAUUCAAGGAGGUGACUGACUGGAUUGUGGAGGUUGGGGAGAGUCGUCUCAGUGCGUUGGGGCAGCUGGAAGACUCUCUGGAGCAACUUCACAGCAAAAAGACCCUGUUCAGAGACUUCUACUCUGCUGCAUAUGAACACUGCAAAGGGGGAGAGGCCCUGCUGAAGCGCUUGGAGCGCUGGGAGGACCUGUCUUCGGCCGAGCUGCAGGUGUACGAGGUCAAAGUUCGUUCUUUCUGGGUCCACCUGCAAGACUUCUCACAGAGGGUCGAGGACACCAAGACCAACAUCGACAAGACCGUACGCCUCUAUGAGUUCUUCGAUAAGGCGUACGAGUGGGCGUUGGAGGGCAUGCGCCACCUCGCCAGGGUCAGCAUGGAGGACUGCACCGCGCCCGACAAAUGCCACGGAGUGAUCACCUGCCUGGAGGGUUACCGUUGCCAGCACCCCCCCAUCCCGGACCCCCACUUCCAGGAGAUGAAGGAGCUGGCCGUGGAGCUGAAGAGCGAGCAGGGCCUCAAGCAGUGGAAGUUCGCCUGGUCCAAGUGCCAGGAGACCAAGCAGAUGUUUGAGAAAAAGCUGGAGGCCGCCCUGAGGACGGGCCGAGCCCUGGCGUCGGGGGAUUCGCCCGGGUCGCGUCCCGUGAAGGCCGGCGGGGAGCAGGCAGAGGGGGUCACUCCGAGACGUGGAGGGGAGGGACCCGAGCGCAGCGGCAGUGUGUCUUACGCCUGUAGGAAGGCCUUCUCUGGGGUGUGGGGAGGCAGGGAGAGGCUGUCCUCCACCUCCAGCUGUGCCUCCAGCCAGUCCACAUGCAGCCCCAGACAGGAGGCGGGCGGAGGGGAUGGAUGCGGGGCCUCCUCUCCCUACAGGGUCCCUCACACUCCCCUGCCCUCCCAGCGCCUCACCCGCUCCACCUCUUCCGAGGAGUCGUCUCACCGGGCCCGUAUGGAGGCGCAGGCCCGCACCACCUCCUGCUCCUUCUCCCACUCCCUUCCCCCCAUGAACUCCCAAAGCCCGUCCCUCACCCCUGGUCGUAGACCCCCCCUCCGGAAGACUCAGAGCUUUGACUGUCAGAGCUCCUCCCCCUCCACGCCUGACUCCGCCCGCUACGGGACGUGCCAGCGUACACUGAGUGAGCCGACGCGUCGCGGGAACACAGGGGUGUUCAUUAAAGGCCUGGAGGUCAGCAGUAUGGAGGUGGCCGACCGAUCCUACUCCCCCAGGAUGGCAUCUCCUGUCUGGGCAGCAGGAGAGGCAGUGAGGACCCCCUCCGCCAGUACCACCAGCAGCCCGGUGUCUGAACCCCGUGCCAAGGGAAGUAAACUUCGCCACAUCGUUGAUGAGAUGGUCACUACGGAGAGGGAGUACGUGCGCUCCCUGCGCUACAUCAUCGAGCACUACUUCCCUGAGAUGGAGAGAGGGGACCUACCGCAGGACCUACGGGGAAAGAGGAGUGUCAUCUUCGGGAACCUGGAGAAACUCGUCGACUUCCACAGCCAAUACUUCCUGAAGGAGUUGGAAAGCUGCUGCAAUCACCCACUGAGGGUGUCGCACUGCUUCCUGCGACACCAAGAUCAGUUUGGACUGUAUGCUCUGUACAGCAAGAACAAGCCCAAGUCUGAUACUCUGCUGGCCAGCCACGGAAAUAGCUUCUUCAGGAACAAGCAGUUGGAGCUGGGUGAUAAGAUGGACCUGGCCUCGUACCUGCUGAAGCCCAUCCAGAGGAUGUCUAAGUAUGCCCUGCUGCUGAAGGACCUGAUCAAGGAGGUGAGCGAGGCCCAAGAGACGGAGCUGUCCUACCUCCGAGCUGCCGCAGAGAUGGUCAAGUUCCAGCUGCGCCACGGCAACGACCUGCUCGCCAUGGACGCCAUCCGAGACUGUGAUGUGAAUCUGAAGGAGCAGGGUCAGCUGGUGAGACAAGACGAGUUCUGUAUUUGGUACGGAAGGAAGAAAUGUCAGCGCCACGUGUUCCUGUUUGAAGACCUGGUGUUGUUCAGCAAACCCAAACGCAUCGAAGGAGGACUCGAUGUUUACAUCUACAAACACUCCUUCAAGACAGCAGACGUGGGAAUGACAGAGACUUCUGGGGACAACCCUCUUCGCUUUGAGGUGUGGUUCAGACGCAGGACCAGUAAGAACCAGACGUAUGUUCUCCAGGCGUCCACCGCAGACAUAAAAAAUGCCUGGACGGCCAACAUUGCCCGGAUCCUCUGGCAACAGGCCACCAGAAACAAAGAGAUCCGCAAUCAGGAGAUGGUGUCCAUGGGAGUGGGGAACAAGCCGUUCCUGGACAUCAAACCCAGUGAUGCUGCAAUCAACGACAGGGCCAUAGACUACAUCAUGAAGGGACGAGGGGCCAGAACGCGAGCCUCCAUCGCCGUGUCCCUAUUCGACCACUCCAACCCCUUCAAGAGGACAGCGUCUGGUAACGGUGGCUCUGGAGGCGGGGCGCCCACCGCCUCUGGUCCCUCCUCCUGCACCCUCCUGGGGCCUCUGAACCUUCACAUGUACAGCAACCACAGCCAGGCCCUGCUGCCCGGGGGGGACAGGCCCUUCAUCAGCCCCUGUAUCGAGGAAGAUGAGUUGGAGCACGAGACCAGCAGCCAACCCUCCAUGACUACGGAGAGUUCAGGUUCUUCGUCUCACUGUCUCUCCGGCAGCGGCUCCAGUGGUUCUGACAGCGGCUGUGUGUCCAGUCACCUCCCUGAACCCUGUUUGUCUGAGGAACCCUCGUCCCCCUGCUACCCCCCCUCCAACGCCGUAACCCCCCCCAGCCUCGCCCAGGACAAGCCCCGCUACAACAACAGCCAGUACAUUUCAGCCAAAGCAGCUCAGAUCAUAGGCCCAGCCACUGUAGUAUGAUAGCUGACUGUAACCCUGGGUGGAGUCUGACAUCCAGCUGCUUCCAUCAAGAAAGAGAAAGUUGCCACGCGAUAGAAGACAGAGAGGAAGCAUAUUUAUUGGUCCUCUCACUGCCAGCAACUCUCAUCUCCCACUGAAAUGAGUGGGGACAUAGCACUGUUUUCAAAAUAAAAGCCACUUUUAAGCAUAGCUUUCAUAUAUAAAAAAAGUUGAUUUAAAUAUUCUUAUAUUUAUCUUUACUUCUUUCUUUCCAACAGUACUGGUAGUGCAGUAGUUUUUCUGUACUAUAUUCGUAACUUUGUAAAUAAUUAUUGUUAUAGAUUUCAAUGCAGUUAUGGACGAUUGGUUCUUUAUCUUUUUAUUUCUCCUACUGUUGUUGACCAGACUGCAGACUGUAACUUUGUGAAACACGUGAUGAUUGAUAAUAUACCUUGGGUUGAAAAGGUAGUUCUGAAUCGAGGCAGAAGUAUGUCAGGAUAAAUGUUUAAAAAGACUGCGUUCUAGUUUGACUCUUCCACUUUGUCUCUACAUUUUGUCUGUUGUUGGUUUCUAAAUUGACCUAUGGUCAGAUUCCUCGAUCUUGUUUACUUCGGUCUCCUUAGUGCCUCGGUCUGUAGCUGGUCAGCGUGACUGAUGCUGGGCUGUGGUCCAAAUGGCAAUCUGUUUGCUACUUGGGGAAUAGGGUGCCAUUUGGGACUAAGGCUUUCUCAGCCUUUUAUAUAGCCAUUUAGUGUGAGGGUCUGACGUAUUUACACCCUGGUCCUAGAUCAGUCCUCUCAGCUGUGUGACUUGGGGCUGUUGUGCGGAAGAUAGGAGGAUCACUAGCUACUGUUGACCCUGAGAAGAGAGAAAAAGGAACUGCCUUAACUUCAUUACAAAUGCAAUAAAAACGUUUCUUGUUCUUAUUUUCAGAAGAAAAUAGAAAAGAUUGCAUUAAGAGGAACAAAAAGAAAGAAAAAAAAACUCCAAUGUACAUUUUCUGUAAAUAUUAGUUUUUCUGCCUUAGUCUCUUUGGCUCUGGCAAUGUGUAGAUGAAAGCGGGGGAAGACUGUGAUAACCUUGUUUGUAUUGACAGCAUGGAUUCACUGAUUCAUUCUCAAAAGACGGAAAAACGUGCAUGUCCAUGAGGGCAUGAAUGUUCACUCAAAUGUCCUAUUUCUUAAUCUGAACAAGUUCACACAUAUUUAAUAAAAAUGGAUAAGUUUGUAUCCAGAAAGAUA